CCCCUUCGUAUUGGGAUUUUCACGACUUCAGAGCCUUAAGGAUCAAGUGAGAUAAGCAUGGAUGUUCAAGUUUUCACAAAACGCUUUCUCCAUCAGUGCUAUUUAUUUGAUUGCUUGAGAGGGGCACAGCCUUUUUGCAAUGUGGAUCAUGAGUGGGUUGCUUUAGCAGAUGAAGAUCAUCCACAUUCAAUUUUCUUUGUUGAUGGAGUUAGUCGUCAGCACCAAGAUCUUCUGUCUUUCAAGAUACUUACGGUAAAAGCACUUAACCAAGCCUGUGGAGUGCCGUUUAUUGGUGCUGAGGUUCUCACGCAGCCCCCUUGGCUUUUGGAGGAGUUCAACAUGAACAGAGAGGAAAGAGAAACAGCUAGGUCAUGGCUAUUCAUGUCCGAAAGCGACAUACCUGGUGAUCCGUGGGUUGCGACUGGACAAAGGCGUGUUUAUGGGAUUGAAUGUACCAUGUAUGUCAUGUAUGAAACCCCUCCAUUUGGGCGAUUCAUACUUUCUCGAUACAGAUCCCCUCUCCAUGAAGACUCUGUCUACUGGUUAAAUUUCAACGAAAGAAAUGUGGGCAGCUGGAAAAUGUUCUUACAAACCAAUGCCGCGAAUGCUCAAAAGAACAAGAUCACAAGGGAUGAUAACAGGAGGUACAAUGCUGGUAUAAGUGAAAAUCUUGCGCAGAAUCGUGAUGACAAUUUGGUCAACCAACUUUCUGGCUCCCCUAAGGCAGGACACCGUUCCAUUGGUGUUGCUAGCGUGGUUCCACUCAAGCCGGAACUCAUUCUGAACCCAGAUGACGAGGCUAGAGCUCUGAAAUUUGAACCACGCGCAAGCUGGAGAGACGGAGAGAUCAAGGGACCUUUCCUGCUUUUGGAAGAUUCCUUCCUUUAA